GCAUGUUGUAGACUCUAGUCUAGCGACUCUAGCAGACCACUGGGUUUGGCCAUGUCUUGGGAGCAAAACCCGACUUUGGAGCUGGAUGAUAGUGCUGACUUCGAAGUUCCCGCGAGUACAGAGAGUGAAGAAGAGGAUGGUAGCAAGUCGCUGAGCAGGUGGGUUUGUUUCGGAUUGCUAAGCCUAUGCUGCUGUACAACUUGCGGCAUAAUUGUGGCCGUACUGCUGAGUCUCAAGGGUGCAGAGACAUCUACCACAGCAGUGUCACUGACUGGGUGUUUAGGUUUCCAAGAGUGUCCUUCAUACCCUUUGCCGUACCCGUGGGGAACAUGGCCACAAACGUACCGGUACGAGGGAAGCUUUCCGCCUGGCUUUGCUUGGGGUGCUGCUUCAGCAGCUUACCAAAUUGAAGGUGCCUACAAUGAAGGAGGGAGAGGCGCUUCCAUUUGGGACACCUUUUCUGGGGCCAAUACAGUUGAAAUGCCAGGAGGGAAUUGCAGCUAUUGCUGCAAGGUCCAUCCGUGCCCCGUCAAUCCUGGAGUUAAAAACAAGGGGGACACAGGAAAUGUUGCGACCGAUAGCUACCACAUGUUUCAGACUGACCUCGCUUUGAUGAAGGCUAUGGGUUUGAAAAACUACAGAUUCAGCAUUGCCUGGCCGCGUAUAUUCCCGGAAGGAGAGUCUUCAGGGGAUCCAAAUCCCGAGGCUGUGGAAUGGUACAACAGCUUCAUAGAUGGGUUGCGUGCAGCGGACAUCACUCCUUUUGUGACCCUUUAUCAUUGGGAUUUGCCUCAAGCUCUUCUGAGCCCACCGAAUCGCUCUGGCUGGUGGGCGCGUGACAAUGACGGGAAACCUGUGGGUGAAGUGCUACCUCAUUGGAAGCAUUACGUCGAUACGUGUUUCCGGCUUUUUGGGGACCGCGUGAAAUUCUGGAUCACAUUCAACGAAGCCUGGUCUGCUACAAAGCUUGCAAGUGGAAGUGGUAAAGCCCCAAGUGUGAAGCCCUUUCUUGACCCCAUGCUUGAUCCAUACAUUGCAGGACACAACAUGUUGAAUGCACAUGCAGCUGCCGUAGACAUCUAUCGCCGCAAAUACCAGUCAAAGCAGAAAGGUAUGAUCGGAAUAGUCAAUAACCUGGACUGGCGAGAGCCAAAGCAGAACAGCGAAGCUGAUAUUGCAGCAGCUGAACGGGCAGCUCUUUUUCAGCUUGGCUGGUUUUCAGAUCCUAUUUUUGGACCCAGCGGAGACUAUCCCCCUGAGAUGAGAGCAAUUGUGGGAAAUGCUCUACCAAUCUUCACCGAAGAAGAGAAGCACCUCUUGAGAGGAAGUGCAGACUUUUUUGGAUUGAACAACUAUGGUACUGGCUGGAUUUCAGCCUCGAACGAGCCUGGCUGGGACUUUACAUAUUCAUCUGUCAGCCACGAGGGCCUGGUCCACGGCGAGUCUGCUUGGCUUUACGGGGCAGGCUGGGGGUUGCGGAAGUUGCUGAAUUGGGUAAAGAGGCGGUACAACAGCCCAGCCAUUUACGUCACUGAAAAUGGAUGGUCAAUAGCUGCUUCAACGGCAGAGGAGGCGGCCAAUGAUACUGGAAGACUUUUGUACUACGCAAACUACACCUCGGAGGUUAGCCGGGCGAUCCAAGAAGAUGGGGUGGAUGUCCGAGGAUACUUUGCUUGGUCCCUGCUGGACAACUAUGAGUGGGAAAUGGGCUAUGCCGAGCGCUUUGGCAUCACAUUUGUGGACUUCAACUUUGGAUUUGAUCCAAAUGCUCCAAUUCCAAACUCUCAUGUCCCAACACCUGGCCAGCAGCUGCGGAGACGAAAGAAAUCAAGCUGCUUCUUAGAGCAGGUCUGGCGAAGUAAUCAGCUUGUGGAUCCGACAGCACCAAACCUAUGCGUUGAACCGAUCAUAUUUCAGGGACACUACUGGGAUGCCCAGAAGUGCAGGCAUUUUAUCGACGUGCUUUUGGGUGAUGCAUCUGGUUCUGUCACCGGCGCGAAACCAGUUGGUAAGUUCUGCGACAAUACCACAGAUUUGCCAUAUGGUCCUGCAGUGCUAGCAUUCAGUGGCAGUACAGUCAUAUGCAAAGACUGCAAAACUGACUCGAACUUCAUGCAGGGCUUUUGGUCAGAUGGCAGCCUUGGCGUCCAGUGGGAUGAUGGCACGUUCUGGGUGAAGGAAGGGCUUCCCGUGCAGGUCUUGUGAUCUCCUGAUUGCGAGCUCGGCGUUCACCCUUGCCACGUUGGUGCAAUCGGUGAU